AUGAACGACUCAACCACCAAUACGACGAUGUGGCCCACUGCGCUCUACGUAAACACCACCUUCCUAAACAUCACGUCUUAUCAAAACACCAGCCUGCUGGCGACCGUUUCUAGCACCUUCUCUCCGAGCACUACGAGAGCCACCACCACCACGGUCACUCAGCCGCUCCCCCUGACCAACACGACGCUCACGACGUUAUCCACGACCCCUGCGAGUCUGCUGGCGAACGUAAACAUGCCGUACAUGAUAGCCGAGCUGGUCAUCGCCUUCCUCUCCACGGUGGGAAACCUGCUAGUCUGCGCCGCCGUGGGCUUGAACCGCAAGCUCCACACGGUCACGAACUACUUCCUGGUGUCGCUGGCGGUGGCCGACGCCUUGGUGGGCGCGCUGGCCAUCCCCUGCGCCAUCUUGACCGACAUGGGCAUCCCGCGGCACAACCUGUACCUGUGCCUGCUCAUGCUGUCGGUGCUCAUCAUGCUGACGCAGAGCUCCAUCUUCAGCCUGCUGGCCGUGGCCGUCGAGCGCUACGUGGCCAUCUUCAUGCCCUUCCGCUACCACACCACCAUGACGCCGCGCAACGCCGUCCUGGUCAUCCUGAUCACGUGGGUCCUGGCCUUCCUGAUCGGCUUGGUCCCGCUCAUGGGCUGGCACAAGACGCCGCCCGAGUCGGGCUACUGCUUCUUCGUGAACGUCGUGGAGAUGACCUACAUGGUCUACUUCAACUUCUUCGCGUGCGUGCUGACGCCGCUCGUGGUGAUGUUCCUGAUCUACGCUCAGAUCUUCGCCACCGUGAAGCGCCAGAUGCGCCGGAUCGCCGCCGACCGGGGCGCGCAGGGCAACAGCGAGGGCACGGCCAACAUCAAGAAGGAAAUGAAGACGGCCACGUCGCUGUUCCUGGUGCUCUUCCUGUUCACGGUGUGCUGGAUCCCGCUGCACAUCAUCAACUGCUUCCUGCUGCUGUGCCCCACGUGCUACGUGCCGCUGCCCCUCCUGCUCACCGCCAUCAUCCUCUCCCACGCCAACUCGGCCGUGAACCCCUUUCUCUACGCUUACAAGAUGAAGUCGUUUCGGGAGGCGUUUAAAGGCAUCUUCCUGUGCUGCAGGGGAGCCGGAGAGGGGCUGAACCAGCACGACGACGGAGAGAAACACAGAUCCUAA